AAUGGACCUCCACAGUGUUUCAGACUGCAAGGAUUAAUAUAGGUCGAUAGACCUCUCAUCCUUAUUACUGAAGACUGAAAACUUUGGGCGCGUCAAGGUUGCCGCGCCACCUGAAUGAGAUGUCUUUGGUUGAGAAGAUAAACACCCUAAGACUAAUAAUACGACAGAACGGUGGGAUUAAAGGGUCGUUCUUAACUUUAUUCAGGACUGACGAACUGAAAUGGGGUAAAUUAGUUGGAACUGACAAUUUCGGAAAUAAAUACUAUGAAAAUAAUAAUUACUUCGUUGGGAGAAAUCGUUGGGUUAGAUAUUCGAAUAGGUUUGGUUGGGACUAUGAAGGGUCUCAAGUCCCACCAGAAUGGCACCGCUGGUUACACCACAUAACCGACGAAACUCCUGUGUCUCAUCCACCAACCGUUUACAAGUGGUCUGCUGAACACUCUGAAAAUUUGACCUUGCAGAAGGACAAGAAGUACAUACCUUACUCAACUACUCGUCCAAAAAUUGAACCUUGGGAACCACCGAAGUAAUUCAUUUCAUCAACCAGACCAUUUAUUCCGUAUGAGUUUCAGCGUAUAGAGUUAUCUGUCAUCAAACUAGCCUUUUGUAAAUUGGCUCCUUAACUUUAGUCAGUUGUUAUUGUUUUGAAUUUUAUUUGCUCUUAAUAGUGCGUUCGAUUUUGUCAUUCUAUCAGUUUAUUCAUUCCUGCGUUAUCUAACUACAUAGUAAGUACCCACUUUGGACAUAUUAUAGACCGUUGUCUGUUAGUUAUCCUGAUUGUAAGUUGGUGGACUUCAUUUUCCACUAUCUAAUUAACUUUUCAUGUCACAAAAUGUUUUACAACAGCUGGUAUGGAUUUGUUCCAACUCAGCAAUAAAGUACCGAUCUAUCCGUUUGCCUGUUAAAGCCCUUUAGUUGGCUAUAAAGGUGCCUUUACUGGACACUGACAUCCAGUCUAGUAAAUUGUUUGGUGUUUUAUGCAGUUUCAGUUUAGGGACGACAAGAGGCUAAAUGCCUGUGUUAGUCUUCGUAAUGGUAGUCUCUCAACCUACCCAACUUUCUUUAGAAGCUUCAAUCAUGUGUUGAGGUAGUAAACUCCAUUCGUCGAUUUGAUGAGAAAGUCAGUAGCCGGCCAACAAGUAAUUUGUCCUGGGCUUUUGAACCUUUAUAGAGUGCCCUCGUAAAUUCUGUUCUGCAAGGCAACAAAAAUGAAGGAAUAUCAAAUGCAAAUUUGCCAUGAAGUAAUUUAAAACUGGUCAUUUCUGAUUUUUCUAUAUGAAAACGGAAGUAGGUUUAAUUUAUUCAGUUGAUCAUCAUACAAAAGAUUUGCUAUUUCGGGAAUCAGCUUAUUUACGGUUCUUUGGACAGGCAGCUCACUGUCUCUUUAAACAGAAGCUAGUCGACUGGAUUCAGUACUCGAUUCAGGGCUAGCAAACACCGUAUACAAAGUCAGAAAGGCUUUAGCAACAACAUGGUUAAAGUCUUUAUGUAUUGACCAUAGGAUUCUAAAACCAUUGGUGGCUAUCGCACAGCAUUGUGCAUUUGUUUUAAAGCUUUGGCUAACUAUAACUUCUCGGUCAUUGUGUCCAGACAACGCGUAGCUCAACUCUCUUCACUGUGCAUGUAUCUGUACCUUGGUGGCAAACCUACAUUAUUAUGCACUUGGAAGCAUUUAUCGGUAACUUCCAAAUUCUAGACCAUUCAAAUAAUUUUUCCAGGUCAUCUUAAAGCUCUAAGCUAUCACCUUUGCUUUCUAAAGAUAUAGCCAGCCCUGUCUGUUGUCCGAUCUGAAUUAAUGUGCUAACUUUAAAGGAGGCCAGUUUAAGUUGAAUACAUGGUUUCAGAAACCCUGGUUUAUAAUUUGUAUUCAGCGGUAGAAUCCAACUCUCAGCCAAUCAGUGACUUGAAAUUGUUUAAAUAGGACAUAUCUUCCACUAUAGGCAAGCUGCUGUAUAAGUUGGAGAAUAAAAUAAUAUACAAUAUGUGAAUAAAGCAAUAGAUAGGUGAUAUAAUGUGAAUUAAAAACGAGUAUUAAUAAGUAGUUUUAAGUAGAAGUUGCGAAGAUGAGAAUUAAAGCUUAAAUAGGUUUUCCAAUUGUUAUCGUCGUUUAGGUUGUGUGGUCUGGUACAUUGCCCGGAGCCCAAACCGGAACAGGUGAUUUUCUUAAGGGGCCACUCCUCGGAGUCCUAAUCCACAAGACAGUGGAGCAACUUUAAGACAUGCGGUCCGAUGGUAGCCGGUGAUCAACAAUAGGCCCAUGCACCAUUUAUUCCCUCAGGAUAACGUAACCCAUGUGCACCAUUGGUUUGGGAUCAGGGUUUUCCAUUUCCACUAGGUGGAUCCUCCGUACCCACCAACCCGGUUCAAGCGUCGAACAUUCUCAGACUACGUGUUAGAGGUGUUCGAGAUAUAAAUAAAGUUUUCCAAACAGUACUUGAUAUAGUUUAAGAUGAGUUGCACUGAUGUUGAUUCUUUCAUUACUUGUAUCUGGAUUUUAUUCUGUGUUUAUUUUCUACCAACUUCUUAUUCCCGUCCAGUUAAAAUAACAAUUUUAUUUUAUUGUGUUCAUGUCUGUGCCAUUGAAAAUCUAAAUUACUGAAUGAGUGAACUUUCGUAGGUUCCUAUGUAGUUCUAUAUACUUUUGGAUUGAUUUGAUCUAACUUUUGCAAUUUAUUCCUGUAGUACACUCUAGACAUUAUUCGCACAUUGUGGAACGGUUAAAAGUGCAAUGAUGUGAUUAAGCGUAGAUUAUUAGACAAAGAUGGCAAAUUAGUUAGUAAAGGUGUGAAUCUUCAUGGACUGAGGCGGUUGAGACAUGUGUUAUGUCUCUCCACUAUCCAUCUCGACACGAAGUGUUUGCUGUUGUAAGAGUAUGUUGAAAGAAAGUUCUACCGACCCAAGACAGCAUUAGUUCAUGAAGUCACUGACUGUUGGUCUGGGUUGUGUUGGUAGACACAGAUUACCUAAUUAGGUUCUACAGAGUAACCGCGAUCAGUGGUUGAAGGCGUUGGGUGACAUGUCUCAGAAACAAUCUCAAUGGCACGGAAACAUUCACUCUUUUUUUUAUUCAAGGUCUUGAGUUCCAGUAUUCCUUCAUGUAUGCAUUUUUAUUCUUUUCCGAUCUAUGUUCUAUACUUAGUCUUUCUUACUAUCGUUGUUACUUUAGUUAUUUCUAGUCACUUGGUAUUCUUGUUGUUGGCUUAAUCUCGUAUUGACUCAUUAAAGCAACUUAGAUCAACGCUUAUUUGUGCUAUGCUCUAUGUUUAUUGCAACUGAGUGACAUUCUGAAGUGUAUUUUAUAGAUUGGGUGAAUAAAAUAUUAGAAAUCUAGUUUUUUUGUUUUUAACCAUAAAAUCAAUUUGAUUGAGUAGUACUUGUCGGUCCUGCUUCCUAUCUAGCCCAGUCACUUAAGUCCACAAAAACAAUCUCAGCAUCUGCAAUAUCAAUCAUUUAUCGCAAACAUACUCAGUUUAUAUGUCAACCCGACAGACCAAACGUACCAUCAGAUAGGAAACAACAUUUGUACAAGAAUUAGCCAAAUGUGGCUGUGAAUGAGGGAGGUAGUAAUUAAUAGACAGGGCAUAAUUCAACAAUGGUAAAUCGUAUAAUAAUAGUUCAUAGGUUAAAAUAAGGCUCAUAAUAAGAGGGAGAUGAAUAUGAAUAUUUUAGUUAUUUAACUAUUAUACGAUAAAAAUAAACGCAUAGUACUAGUCGAUAAAUGGAUCCCAAAAGUUACCGUUCAUUAUGCUUAUCAAGACAUAACAAAAUGUAAGUUUAUAAACUGGUACAACAACAGAACAUGUGAUCAUGUUUAUUAACUUCAACAUUAACUAGAAGGUCUUGGUUCAUACAUUUUAUGAUAGAGGUAUUUCAUCAGAAACCCUUGCAUAAUUCCACUUCAAAUUUCUUCCAGUUGUAAUAACUCUUAAGAUUUUGGCUCAAAAUAAUUUUUCUAAAUGUCGAUGAAACGUAAAGUAACGAAAUGUCAAACUGUGGUGCACGGGAACACUAGUAGGUACAACCGAAUGUAGUACAACACAAAAUACAAAAUCUCAUAAUAAAAUUUGAAAACCAUACAGUAAAUUCUUCAUUUGCAAAGUACAAAUCGAUUAUCUCAGAUAUGACUGUUCCUUCAUUUCUUCAGCAGUCAUUCUUUGUUCUCGUUCCCUGUUAUUUGAUCUUCUUAACCUUCUGCCACCAAGUAUUUCACUUUCGAUUGAUGAUACAUACUACUUAUAUGUUGGCAUCAGUAGCACACAUGGCAAACUGAAUUUUUUUACUUUGCUAGAUGGUAAUAACUACACGUCACUUUGCGUAAUCUAUCCAGUAAUUGUUUCUGAUUGGUCGUUUGUUCGUGUGAUAUGUAAUGAAUGGUCACCAAGUACUAAUUAAUGUUAUCCUGUUAUAUAUAACAAUAGCCAAGUUACUUGAUGCAUCGUAUUCAACUGUGGUGUAUGCUACUGAUAUCGACAGAUAUUAGUUGUAUGUAUCAUCAAUCGAAAUUGAAAUGCCUGGAGAUAGAAGGUUAAGAAGUUCGAAGAGAAGAGAAUAAGAUCAGAGCAAGAUUGGUGCGGAAACGAAGGAACAGUCAUGUCUGAGACGACUGAUUGGCAUUUUGCAAAUGAAGUAUCUACUGUAUGGUUCUCAGAUUUUACUAAGAGAUUUUGUAAUUUUGUGUUCAAAUACAUUUGGUUGUCUCCAGCUGUGUUCUCUUAGGAUUUAUACAAUCUUACGAUACUCGGUCAGUCAACUAUGAUACUGAUAUACAUAAGUUCACAUUUUUGAGAAACAAUCAAUCCUCUUGACUUUGCAAAUAUGCUUAUGUACGUGAAAACAUUCCCAAUACAGGAGAAUCGGAAAACAUGGAUUUACGAAUACCUUUUAAAUGAUGCCUCAAAAUAAAACCGAAAACGACCGUGAUGGCUAGCGGUGACAGCAAAGUUGAACGUAGAUGAGAAUAUAAGAAAGUGAGAAUUUUAAACUAAUUACCGAGUGAAGAGUGUCAUACAGCCUAUCAGGGUAUAAUAACGAUGAACAACUGAUUGCCUUUAACUAACAAGGUCAGGAUUAAUAUUGAAUGACUACAAAGCUAUUCAUUUCGGGGAGUUGCUUAUCACUCGAUAUAUUUGUUAAAAGGUUCUACGCUUUGGUUGAUAAAUUUCAACCACCCAAGUAAGGACAGAGAAACCUAAAUGUAUAAGACUCAGAAUGAUAACUGGUUGACGACGAUAUAAUAAGUGUAGUCUACUAGCCAAGCAGAAGUCAUUAGGAAGUCAACUGAUUCUCUCUCACAAAAUAAUAAGAAUAAAGCUUCGAAAACGUGCGAAAUAAUUAAAACAGUGUCUGACACAUUAAUUUGCUGUAACUAUUCAGCCUGUUAGGUUACCCUGAAAUAAUCAUAUUGUUUGUGUUCACCACAUUGUGUUAGUGUGUGUCGGAGCUGCAUCUGAUGAUCCAGUACGUUGUUAAUCAGAUUUUAAAUCUCACUCUAUGAAAAUACAAAAAUAUCAAAGAGCCAUAUAAUACCAUUAUGUACAGCGUCCUUAUGUACGACUGCUACUCAACUACCAAUUAAAAGAGUAUAUAGCCGACUAAAAUCUCAGAACUUCGAAUUCGUACUAGUUAAAACUCAGAUGCUACAUAGAGAGGGAUAAUUUCCCUUACUAAAUACAGGUUGAACUUUAUUGAAUGUUUAUCGCUGAUUCUAUAGCGAACUGACUGUAUCAUAAAACUUUAGCAAACGAAAUGAUUUGUUUCCAGGUGUCACUAAAUGUCAAGCUAUUUUCUCCCUAAAUACAAAUGUUAAUGCCUACAUCUUAGAGCUAUGCAUCUCAGUGUUCUUCAUGAACUUUAAUCUUUUCAAGCCACAAACACACUAUUUCCACUUAACACAUUAUUUUCAGAACUAAAAGAAUGAACCGAAUAUCUCAUCUAUAAGAUGAUUUCUAGUAAUCUUAGUCAUUGAACUGAGAUUGUAACAGUAAAUGACGGAUGAAUAUUUCUACUCAUGUUAAAGUUCAGUGUGGCUUAGUAAAUCGUUUUCAUAAAAAGCAUCAUUAUCAUUUUUUUCAAAGUUACGUUCGUUGCCGAUUCAUACACAACCGCGAACUGAGCAUCGACGAAGACACAUGUCAAUCAAAAAGAUACAGAAAUAUAGAAUGGAAUAGUAAGCUAAUUUUUCUAUUGUAGAGAGAAUGAUAUUGGUAAUCAGUACGAAAUUGUUGAGUCGGCUUUCCGAGAACUGCAACGGUGCCUCCAGAGGCCCUAAAGGAGCCGAAGAGUCCUAGCCAAUCAGAGCAUGAUGAAGCAUUUUAGAAUAUCAACGUGGCGUACCACUAUUGGUCAGUAGCAUAAUAUGUCUUUAGCGGAUUGGCCAAAAUAUAAUGUUGAUUUAACAAAUGUUAACAUCUAUAAAUACCCGUGUUUUUCUGUACAAAAAUGAACCUUUGGAGUAAAGUGUUUUUGCCAAUUUUGCGCCUUUUCUCUCGAGUUCAGGUCGCUGUGUAGUUCUAGCUUGUGGGUUGCCAGAAUAGCUUAGGAACCGAACAAAGCGUUCAAAUUAACAAGACUUAUCAUAAAUAAUUUCGUACACCUAAAUUUCUUGACUAAGACGUUAGUAACUGGUGCGAGUACUAUUCAUAACUGAAUAAAAUUUUAUUUAAAUGAAGACUGAUUAUUAAUUAAGUAAACAAAUGGACCAUUGUCAAUACAUGUUGAUCUGAUCAGACGUUAGCAACUGUUAGGGAUGCAGAGAAAUAUACCAAUAAUUAUCAUGUUGUUUAAUGAUGUCCUCGGAGUUUAAAUGGACACUUCCUAUUGGUAGAUAUUUGUUCACUUGUUAAGUAUUGUACAAAAUGUUGUUUUCUAUUUUAUGGUACGAUGUGGUAUGCUUGACUGGUAUAUAAACAGAACAUAUUUGAAAUAUAACGAUUCAUAUCUCAGAGGUUGUGACUUGUGUUCUGGACUCAACUGGCUGGGCUAGACAGGGAGGCGGGACUAAUUGGAACUCUAGGUCGUUCGUACUUGUUUUACGUGUCACUGGUUCGAUCUAUAAUACGCUGCUCGCUAAUCUUUCAGUCAAGGACGCAACAAUUGGCACGGGGUAAGAAUCGACCCAAGUUUAAAGUCACAACAGCAACAAUCUCUAUGCUUGUAUAUCAAAUAAACAUAUAUCUAACAAAUGAAUGACUUUGGAAGUACAGAUAGGAUG